UGUAGCGGCGGCUGCACCGGCGGCAGCCAGCGCCUGAGCGCCCCGAAGCAGCAGCACCAUGGAUCUGUCCUUCAUGGCCGCGCAGCUGCCCAUGAUGGGGGGAGCCUUCAUGGACUCGCCCAACGAGGACUUCAGCACCGAGUACUCCCUCUUUAACUCCUCCACCAACGUCCACGCGGCGGCCAACGGCCAGGGCCCGGGGGAGGAGCCCACGAGGUCCUCCAAUGAUGCCGUCCUGCUCUGGAUCGCCAUCAUAGCGACGCUGGGGAACAUAGUGGUGGUGGGGGUGGUGUACGCCUUCACCUUCUGAGGGCGGCGGCCGGAGCAGGUGGACAGCUGCCCUGUGCCCGGCUCACGGGCCGCGCUCUGCAGUCGGAGCCUCGGGGAGCUCCCGCCUCGCUCUUUCUGGAACGUGAGCCCUGACCAAGCCCUCCGGCCCAGAGGCGGCGACCAUGAGUCCAGGAGAUCCACCUGCACCCCUGAUUUCAAAUAUCCCGCGCUGUCGGCGAGCUGUUUUGGAAAACACGAGGGCGUGGACUUCCAGCCCCAGCGGCAUGAUGGCACAGGCCUCAGAGGCACGGGCUGGGCAAGUCUGGAAGCUGCCUUCCAAGAACGCGAGACCAGAGGGAACAAGCGGGACUUAAGAUACAGAGAGGGGCUGAGGGUGGUUUGCGGGCAGUAGAGGAUCACUACGCGUCCUCUUUUUAUGCAGACUUCAUGGGGGGGCGGGGUGCCCAGCGGGACUGUCUCCCCCAUCUUGGUUUCCUAUUCAGUCCCUUGAAGUAUUAGUGGCGGUCACUUGGGGGGACCAUAGAAUGUUCCUCAUUUGACUUGGAAAUGGCGCCUUUGUCACCAGACAAUGGCGCCUUUGUCCCAUCCUGCUCUGGUCUUUGCAUGGGCCUUUUGAGGCCCAGAUGCAUCGGGAAACCCCAGGAUGGGGCAUUACUGGGGAGGCGGUGGGAUCUCCAGGUGGACUGAUGGCCUCUGCCGCUGGACGAGCUCUCUCUUUGCAAAUAGAGGGAAGCGCCUUGAAAAAUCAGUCAUGCCAGGCAGUUAACCCCUCAGCCCCCGCACCUGUAGGUGCUCUUUGAGAAAUCACAGCUUUUAGAGGUGAACAAGCGUGUGUCCACCCAAUCACCUGUGGAGUGGCAGGGAGGGGGUGUGACUUGCCUGAGAGCUCAGGGCAGCUUUGGGGAGCAGUGGCAGCAGAGGGGGAUGCUCCUGUCUCUGCUCGGUGCUCUGCAUGCCCCAGCCCAGCACUUCUCAGCUGCUUGGGGCAAAGCUGCCCUGGAAUUUUGCUGUGUGGGCAGGGAGGUCAGACACCUGCCAUUUAAAUCUGGCUACUUGCAUUUACUUGCAGGUUUGAGAGUCCUUUGUACUCAAGUCAGUCCCCUUAGUUCCUGAAGUUGGUGGCUGGGAGGCCCAUGCAAAGACCAGAGCAGGAUGGGAGAGGCUCAGUUUUCUUCCACUCUUGGGGGGUCUUGCACAGUGUCUGCCCACCCCCACCCCCACCCGCAAGCAGCCUCCCUGUGUCCCUGUGCAGACAAACAGGGAGCAGCACAGACUUGGGCUCACUGGCUCCCAAGCCACAAGUGUCUCUCCCUGCACUGUAGAAAAAGAAAAUAAAUGGCAAAUCACCCCAACCCCCACCCCCGUGGUUGAGAGACAUGCACGCCUGGGUAAGGAACCCCGGGUGUGUUUGGGGACAAUGCCAAAGGGUUGCAUUUGUCACUGUGUUCCCAGAAGACCAUUCCUGAUGGCAAGCAAAGGAACAUCUUAAUUGUCCAGAGGCAGCCACUUGGCCCCGGGUGGUGGGCGCGGAGCUCUGGCAGCUCCUGCAGACAGUGCCAGCUUUUAUUGGCCUCAUCUGUCACUGCAGCCGCCGUCUGCCCGAGGCCUUCAGCUCAUGCAGAGGUCAGAGCGCAGCACACUGGCAUGAGUGUUGCAAAGAAGAAGGGCUGUAGGACCUUCUGCCUGGACUCCUCUAGAACCUGCUGUUUGCAUGAGUGGAAGCACCCAGAACCAGGCCGGGCAGGAAGCCAGCGCCUGCAGAGGCCUCUCCGCCAGCCCCGGUCUGCCCCGUGCAAGUGUUUUGUCAGACCAGUGUCCUCACGAGAAGACCUGGGAGGGAGGUCCAGAGCCAGGUGGUGUUGGUGCUGUGGGGGCUCACUGCAACCCCGUGCUCUCUGAUCUUCACCUGACCCCACACCCCUGGGCCGCCGCAGCCCUGUAAAGAGGCAGGUGGCAGCUCCCUGGCCCAGUGGGACAGGGUGUGUCGGCCGUGGCGUGUCACCCUAGAGAGGACUCCGCCUCCCAGAGCCGUGGGGUGUCUGAGCAUUUCUCUGGGUGCACAGGCCUCACCCCCGCAAAGGUUUUUUUUUUCCCUGAUAUAAAAGUUGGUUAAAUUCAGCAUCAAGUCCUCUCCCCUUUCAGCAGCAGGGCCUGGAAAGUCUGGGGAUUUAGGCUCCAUCUCUCUACCUUUGGUUUAUCUGGGUCACAGUGGUUUUGCUCAGGUGCCCUCCAUCUAUCUCCAUCCUUUUUCUGUUUUUUUCGCCACCAUCACCCAGAUUACAGCGGAUGGAGACAUGCACAUUAGGUUCCCAGCCAGAGCAUGGCUGCCCCACACCCAGCCUUCGAGGAAGGGCAGAGAGAGGCACCCCCAACACUGGGGCCAGCUGUGUGCCCAGGCCCCAACCUGGACCCAGGGGCUCAUGCCUGAUCCUCCUGCUCACCUGAGAGCAGCGUGGUGCCGGCACAGACCAGGAGGCAGGAGCUCAGAGAAGGGAAGUCACUUGCCUGAGGCCACAAAGCCUGAGCUGGGAUUUGAAUGUGGACUUUGUGCUCCAAAGCCAGGCUCUUCCUGGGACACUGCCACCUUCAUGACUGGGUGGCCCCUUCCAGGUGCAUUUACACUAGCCCCCAGGUCCACAGAGGCCAGGUCCCCAUCGUGGUGUGGCCUGGACUGGCUGGACUUCCGCUCUGCCAUCCUCAGCAUGGUCGUGCUUGUCCUGCUGCCCACGGCCAUAUCCAGGCUUCAGGGCAGGGGUGGCGGUCCCUGUCACCUGCCCCUUUCUUUAAAAUGGAAUGCAAAUCUCCAAGGCCAGAGAGGUUCUCAGAGACCAGCUGUCUUGGGAUGCAGGUGGAGGCCCAGCCUGGGAGUCCAGGGGUGGAGUCAGCACAAGAGAAGGCCCCCAGCAACCAGAACCGCCAAACAGGCACAGAUGUCUACGCUGCCCAUCAGGCCCCCGCCCAGGAUCUGGCCCUCCCUGGAGCCCCAUGGGUUUUGCAGGCAGUGGGUGCGGGAUAUCCUCUCUGGGACCCCAGCCUGGGGCUCCCAAGCUGGCACUUCCUGGGUGUACUGAGCCGGAGCCCGCCGUGACCAGAUGGGCCAGUACAACCUCUUCAGUAACUACAUUUGCUGGAAUAUUCUCUGUGCUGGCCCCUUCACCUCCCCUCUGCUGGCAUCAGUGUCCACAUUCCAGGAUCGAGAGCUGCUGUCACUGGACCCGCCACUCAAGCCAGGCGUGUCCCCAGGAAUCUGCCUCUUCAGGGCCGAUGGUACAGCCUGUUUCUCUCUGUCACUGCUGCCCCUCCCCUUGCCCAUGAGAUCAAGGUCAAGAAGCCAAUGAGACUUCCCCAGAGAGAGGAUUCUCUCCUUUCAGGAACCCGCAGGACCCCGGGGAGAAAGAAAGGACAGGCUCAUCCUUUUAGCUGCAGAGGUGACAGGUCAUUUUUCAGCCGUUCUAAAUGGACGGCCUGGAUGCCGGCCAGACCACAGUGUGUGUCUCUCCUUCCUGGAGACCAGAGGCCCAGCUGUCUUCCCCGCUGCCUGAGUCCUUCCAGACACACUGUCCUUUUCUUCUGCAGGAUGUGACCUCCCUCCAUUACCAGUGGUGAUGUUAUUAAUAAUAGAAUUACAUAGAAUUAGCCAUUAGAACUUGUUACUCUCCCUGCUGUCUGUUGCAUGUCUUCCUUGUGCUCUGUGCUCUGUCUGUACCUCUGUCUUUUCACAUCCCCUUGGGGGCCAGGAGGCAGGAUGCUGAGGUUCAUUAUUGUCCUGCUUUCCUGUUGGGGGAAACUGAGGGCAAGCUCUGUGCUGGGAGCUGGGGUUCAGCCCAAGUUCUGUUGGCUCUGCAGGCUGGGCAGCCGUCCCCAGAGUGAUUCACCCCAGGCGAGGGGUGCUGGGGUGGUGGUGGUCCUGGGGAACAGCUCAAGUGUGAGUCCUGGGCAGGGUUUUAUCCAGCUCAGCAUCUCAGGGCAGUGAGAGGCCUUAGAGGGCAUCGAGUCGGGGCCUCUGGUUUUCAGAGGGCAGCUUGGACCACGUGGCUGGUUUGGGGAGAGCUGAUGGCCCCUGGAUACCCUCCCUGGGGCCCCCAGCACUCUGUGCAUCACCAGGGAGCGCAGCUGUGGCCCUGGGACAGGCCUGGUAUUCUCAGCGACUGCACUGGCCUCUUAUGUCCUGUGCAAUGCUCGCUGACCAUCCCAGGGCAAGUCUAGUGAGCUGGGUUGUCAUCUCCAGGAUGCCCAAGGGGACAGAAGGCAGCAUUAGAGCCGGAAGCUCUCCUGCUGGCCAUCCUCGGGCCCCUGACCCCAUGUCUCAGUGGAGAGGGUGGCAAACUGCCCUAUGAUCCCAGAGGGGCUGAGUGCACAGUCUCCCAGCAGGAAGCGUGGCCUUUUGGAGAAUCCCAGGUGAUCUGAUAAAUGGUGCCCAGAUGCUGCCAGAGUCACUUCUGAGAUGAGUGUGUGAGCAUGCCCUUCCUUUUAUUUGGGGGUGAAUGGAGGAGCUGGCAAACCACAGUGAUUGGAGAAGAGGGAAGAUUCCCUCAGGGUGAGGAAGUGAGUGUCAGGAGCAUGGAGUGGUCAAGAGGACCUAAGUAGACCACAUAAAUGUGGGGGUGUAAGUCUGCAUGUUUGUUCAGUCACAAGUCACACAUUGGUUAUCAGGAUAGAAAACAGAAGUGGGAACGCCCUCGAGAGGCCAUGACCUCCAGCCCCGUGUCUGACAAGGAUCAUCAUCUGCCUCUGGCCCCUGGCAGACCCCCGCGGCCAGGGAGAUGUGAGGUCCGCCCUCCUCAGGAAUAAAUGGUGACAGAGCACGAAGCAUGCAGGCAGGGAAACUGUGCUAUGGCCGUGGAGGGUCCAGAGCCCUGAUCCUUCACUGGGCUAUACACACACACACACGCACAUGUAUGCACACGUGUCCCUGCACACAAACACGCAUGCAACCACACAUGCACAUGCAUAAACACAUGCAUGCACCCAUGUGGCUGAGCAGCUACCAGCAGCCCCAGGGCCUGUCUCUCCAGCCAUCAUGCUCCCCACAUCUUAGGGAUCCCAAGGAUCAUCUGUGGACAGCUCCAGGCAUUCCCCAAGCACCAGGGGUUCCAGCCAGGGCUCGCGAGCUGCAGGUGGUGCUUCCAGGCUUUUACAUUUGAGGAAACUGAGGCUCCACAGGUUUGAGAACAUUGCCACGCCAGUCAGCAGGAGGGCGCGUCUUGAGCUUCUCUUCAGGGUUCCUAAGCCCCAGACCAGCUUUAUUCCCUCCGGGUCCCUUGGCAGUUUCUGGGGACAAUUUGGGGAGGAGGCUGUUCUACUGGCAUCUAGUGAGUAGAAGCCAGUGAUGCUGCCGCGGGGUGAGGAGGCUGAGGCUGAGAAGCCUUGCACUAUCUGGUUCUAUGGCUGGCGGUGUCCCCCGAAGCACCCCCUUCCCCAUUGGUGAGUCAUCAGUGAGCAAAGCCCUCCUGAGAGAAUCCCGCCCCACACACAGUUGGAAUCCAGCACGUGUGGCAGAAAUCCAUGCGGCUCCGCUUCCACUUCUAGGGCUUUUGUGGGCUUCUCAGCCUAGGUGGAAAGAACCCUCCAAAGUGGGGGGCUGACCUGGACCCCACCAGUAACUCUGGGACCUGGCCCCUCCCCGAUGGUGGGAGAAGCUUAGAAGGGGUGUGUGGGUCUGCUUACCUGCCUCUGGGCAAAGCUGCACCUUCUCCUGGCUCUGCCCCUCCCACGUGCUCACCCCACGUCCCCAGUCACGCGCACGAACACUUUCUUCUUUCUACGUGUUACAGAAACCUGAUUCUUGUAACUAACUGCCCUUCAGAUUCGAUUCUUCCCGCCGAGAGCAUCAGAAAUGCUUGCGUGUCUUCCGAACGUUUUCAUGAUCAACUUACAACUGUGAGUAGUUGGCUGAAUAAAAUGGUGUCUCACUAUUCCUGUAGGCCUUCGCUGCUCAAGCCCGUUUUCGCUCUGAGAUCACUGACUUUUACUGCAGUGAAAAGAUUAUUUCCUAAUGUGGGGUUUCCAUGUGCUCUUUGAUCAAAGUCACCUACCCUAAGGGGUGUCAGAUUGUGGCUGUGAAAUCACCUCCCGUUGCUGUGUGCGUUGCUGUCAUCAGUUUCUAUUAUAAUUAAAGAAAACUGUCAGC